UCUCAAGCAUCAUAACUGUGGAACCAAUGGCUCAGUUAAGCCGUAUUACGUUAAUCAUUGCUAUGAACGUAUUGAUGUGUGUUCUUGCAGAAGAGAAGCUCUAUUCUGAUCGAUAUGAUUACGUUGAUUUUCAAUCUGUUCUUCAAAACAAGGACCUACGACAAGAAUAUUAUAAUUGCUUUAUGGAAAUAGCACCAUGCAAGACACCAGAACAAGAGGCAUUAACAGGAUUGUUCAGCGAAGCUUUCCAAACUAAAUGCAGAAAAUGUACUAAAAAACAAAUAGAAAAUAUGGAGAUAAUAACCAAUUGGUUCGUAACGAAUGAUCCCGAGAGAUGGAAAUUAAUAGUUGCAAAGACUGUAGAGAAUAUGAAGAAAAAAGCUGCUAGCAACACAAAUGGAUAAUAUAAAUCUCCCAAUACAUACUAUAUUUGAAUUUUUCCAAUUAAUUAAAAUGUAAUAUAAUAUCACGUAGUAUAAUUUACACACAC